AUGGACAUACAUGGACGGUCUGUCGAUACACUGCAAUCAAUAUCUAAGAUAUCUUUCUCUAAGAGUUCUCACACUUUGACUUUAUCAACGCUUUCGCUCCGGCAGCUUUCGGGAGCAAUGCCCUUAGACACGAUAUAUCUGACCCGCCAUGGGCAUCGCAUGAACUGGACCAUCGACCACACAACAGGCUCCUACCAUUCCAACUUCCCUACACCAACCGGCAACCCGGCCGAUCCGACGCUGACAGCCCACGGCGUGCGGCAAUCGCAGGAGCUUGCGGCGCACGUCGCCAGCGCGGGGUUUGCGCCAAAGCCGUGGCGCGUCUACUGCAGUCCGUUUUAUCGCUGUUUGCAGACGAUACAGCCGAGUGUGGAGGCGUUGAAGAAGAUAUCGUCGUCGUCGUCGCCGUCUGAAGAAGAUGGAGUUGAGGUUGAUCUUGAUGUGAGGAUAGAGAAUGGGUUAGGAGAAUGGUUCGGCUCAUCAACCUUCUUCUCGCACCCAUCCCCCGCAUCAGCAUCCACUCUGCAAUCCCUCUUCCCAACCAUCAUCCAGCCCAACCCUGAAGAGCACUACACAGCACACGUCAUCCCUUCCAACCGCGGCGAGACGAUCAGCCAGCUCCACCACCGUGUCGCGACCACCCUCGCCGCCAUCAUCGCCGACGUGGACGCCGAGAUCGCCGCCCUGGAAGCAUCGCUGCCGCCCUCGUCGCCCUUGCGCACCUCCAGCAAGGCCAUCUUGAUCUGCUCCCAUGCGGCGCCGCUCAUUGCCAUGGGGAGGGCGCUAACGGGGAAUAUGCCCGAGGAUGUCAACACGGAGGACUUUAAUGUCUUCACUGCUGGGUUGAGUACUUUUGUUCGUAGACAGAGGAAACCAUCUUCAGACGCAGGACCUGCUACUGCUAGCUCAGAAGAGGAAAAAACCCCUUACAGAAAUCAUGAUCACAACCUCCUAGCUCCAGGGACAAGGCUCGACCCACCCACUCUCACAGUCCCAGACUGGACAGGCGGCAAGGGCGUCGGCGGCGGAUGGGACUGCGUCGCGAAUGGAGAUUGCAGUUUCUUGAGUGGAGGAGCGGAGCGAGGAUGGCACUUCAAUGGCGAAGAGUCCUUCGAUACGGGUCCUAUGGGUCCGACUUCGAAUAACGACGAUUCAUCGACGUCUUCUGGUCCGGCGAAACUGUGA